AUAACACUAUAUUAUUUUUUCAAUCAAUGAACGAGGAAGUAGAAAUCAACAUCUGAUGUGUCAUCCUCACUGUUACAAACUAUCUUAUAGUCAGAGUCACAGAUUUCAUUCACAACUUUUCAAUCUAUACUUCUUCUUCUUCUUCUGAUCAAUUCUCUGAUUCCAACUUUUCUAUUUUCUAUCUUCUUUUCUUACACCGUUUCUCAUUAGAAGGGUGUUAGAAAGAGGAAGCUUAAUCAAUUGACAAUUCAUUGGUAGCUUUUGUGUUUGUGUGUUUUCCUGAGAAACCAAAGUUUUGAUCAGUGAUUUCUGCAGCCAUGACGAAUCAAGAGCAAGAUGGAUUAACUUGUUCCAGUGUUAGCCCUGCAGUAGGAAAUGUAGCUGGAUCACAUCCUGUUACUCAUAUUCAACUCAGCGAUCAGUUAUCUUGCGCGAAUGAUUAUGCUCUUAAGGCAAGGAAACCAUAUACUAUAUCAAAACAGAGAGAAAGAUGGACAGAUGAAGAACAUAAGAAGUUCCUUGAAGCCUUAAAGCUGUAUGGCCGGGCCUGGCGAAGCAUUGAAGAACAUGUCGGUUCAAAGACUGCGAUCCAGAUUCGAAGUCAUGCUCAGAAGUUUUUCUCUAAGAUUCUUCGCGACACGAGUGCAAGCAUUACAAACACCAAGGAAUCGAUUGAAAUUCCUCCUCCUAGACCAAAACGUAAGCCUAUGCACCCUUAUCCUCGCAAGCUAGUUGAGACGGUCGGUACUAAAGAAAUUUCAAUCCUGAAAAAGGCAAUAAAUUCUAAUUCUCUGAAGACAUCAGAUUUUGAUCAAGCAAACCAAUCUCCCAAAUCAGUUUUAUCUACACUUGGUUCCGAAAGCCUUGGUUCAUCCGAUUCAGAUACACCAAACGGAAGUUUAUCUCCGAUAUCAUCGAUUAGUUGUGUCCGAGCAAGUGUUUUCAGGCCUGCUGAAUUCAAAACACCGUCAGAGGAAGAAGCUAGGCUAGAUGCUGAUUCAGCUCCUGAUGAGAAACCUCUUCUGAAACUCGAGAUUCUCUCUGAUGAAAGUGUUUCUGCAAAAGAAAGCAUAGCAGAAGAAUCGUCUCGUCCAACUCUUAAACUUUUUGGGACGACUCUAAUUGUAAAAGAUUUCUGCAAACCAUCUUCUCCAACAAUUGAGGCAUGCAAACCAAUACCUCAUGACAUACAUGUUAGAAAGGGAGAAGGAAAAUUGGAACUUCUUGGCAAAAGUACACUAUGUGAAACAUCAGCCAUAUCUCAGUUAAGAGUAAGAGUGAGGCGUGAAACUUGUGGGAAAGGGUUUGUGCCAUAUAAAAGGUGCAUGUCGAAAAAUGAAAACCAGUCUUCAUCUGCAACAGCUGAUGAAAGAUAAGAGAAAAACUUCACCUUUCACUAUAUUUUUCUCUUUUGAGAUAGACUAGCUGUGUUUUUCGUAACUCUUGAUUGAUAUCACGGUGACAACCGCACUUUAGGAGCGAAGCUCCAAUCUGUUGCUUGGGAUAAAAACAACGGUGAAGACGCGAGAAACGCCUAUGCUAGCUACAGCUUGUGGAUGAGCUGGUUAUGAAAAAGGGAGGCAAAAGAAGGGGACUAUAAAUUUUACAUGUUCUCUUUGUUGCAAAUUGUUGUUGCCGCUAAAUCCCCAAAGUUUCCUUUUUGUAUUUUUCCUUUCAGCUGUGAAUUGUCAAUUGUUUUUGUUUCACAGCUCUUAAUGCUCAGUCGUUGGUAGAAGUAUUUAGUUGUCUGGUCUACAUACGUGUUUAAGUUACAUGUGCAA